UCUCGUUUUUCUGCGUAACUUCUAGACGCAGUGACAACCUCCUUUCCUUUAGGAUUCUUCUCGUUGCCUCGACUAGUACAAGUACCCAGAACGCUGCAAUUUUGCUUGCCUCGCCUUGACAUAAUCGCCAAUUUAAAAACAUAAUGUCAAAUAGUCUGAUUGUACUUCCCCGCCCUGGGACCUCUUUGUUAGAUACGCGACAACCCAUACACGCCCCAAACGAGGUCGAUUUCACUGCCGUCUUUGGUAAAAUACUGCCGGAAGCCUCAUACCUGCCUACAAAAAAUGGCAGAGUCGCAUUUUAUGAGCUGCUACCCUCAUCUCCCUCGCUACCGGAUGACGCGACAGCGAUUUCCCGCGUGCUUUUAGUGCAUGGUGUCCAGACACCGGCAAUCGGCCUACAACCGUUGGCAAGCGCACUCUCGGCGCGUUUUCCACAUGCGAAAUGCAUACUGGUUGACUUGUGGGGCCACGGGCUCACGGACACGCCAUUCGCGGCGCACGACGCGGGGCUCUUUCAUGAGCUGCUGGAAUCUUUGUUCUUGCAUCUUGGAUGGGAAAAUGCCCACGUGGUUGGCUAUUCUUUUGGAGCAUCAGUAACUGCAAGUUUUGCAGCUGCAAGGCCAGAGCGCGUCGCAUCUAUGGUGCUAGUUGCCCCAGCAGGCUUCAUCCGCCAGGAGCUCUUUGAUGAGCUACAGAAGAGCUACUUGCGCGGUGGUGACGGGCUGGAAGAGCCGGCAAAAGAAUGGAUCUUGGAUUUUCUAGAAGGAGGGCAGUUAGUUGUCCCUCCAGAUUGGAAAGAAACUGUAGGAAGAGGCGAGGUGGUGGCUGAAGCAGUCCGAGACUGGGAGAUGAAGAACCACGAUGGCCAUGCUGCGAGUGUGGUAGCCAUUUUCAGAGAUGGGGGGGUUUUGGAUAACAGCGCCGAAUUUGCCAGAGCGGCCGAGACGGGUGUUAAAUAUCUAUAUAUCCUUGGAGAGCUCGAUGAUGUGUGUAGUCCCCAAGAUUUAUCUGAUAUUGGGGUUCAAAAUUUUGUCAUUAUUCCUCAGGUUGGACAUGCAGUUGUGCGGGAAAAAGCACCAGAGGUCGCUCAGUCAAUUGCGAAUUUCUGGCAUAAGAUCUGUUAACCAAUAUACCAAG